UCAAUGCACUAUAACACAGCGACUCGAUACCUCUGCAAAUGACGACACCCUCUUCUUUCUCCUUAUCGUCAUGAGUCCUACACCCACCAACCAAUCAGAACCGCAUCACACGGACGUUGCCUGUCAAUCAAACCAUCAUGCGCCUCGCCCUGUGCCUCGUCGAUAAGGCUCCCCCCCAACAACGAAAACCCCAAGUUUUGUCUUAUUCGCUGCGCCACCUCGGUUAUCUUGGCCUUGUAAGACGCCCGGAUCAAGCAAGCAAUGCAAUAUGAGUCACGUCACAACUAGGGACUAGGCCGAGGCAGCACUGUACUUGUUGUUGCUCAUAACAAAGACAUGGCAUGAGACAAAGGCCGUAAUCGUAAUGUAAUACAAUCCUUCGACUCUUCCAGACACCUCUUUCAUAUUCCCUAAUUUCGCGCCCUUUAGUGUUCAAGCACGCAACUUUGCGCCUUUCUUGACAACAUAACAUCUUUAUUGACAACAUAAUACCUUUCACUUGUACAAACCUCUAUCAAUCUAACCUACUUAUAAUACGUCCCCAGCCCAUCAUGGAUGUCUUACUCAACAGCUCUGGAGAUCUUCCAGCUGCGAAGCACUUUCAUAUCAAUCCUCCCAGCACAUUAAAGACCCGCGCCCAAAUAAGUCGAAACCACUUCGUUCGCGCCACAGCAAAGCGUCAGUCCCAACACAAAGGCGCCAACCUGUGCCGCGACACCGGUUUCCCCUGCACGACUUCAAGUUUUGGAGAAACGCACUGUCUGCGCUGUGGACAACAGGAUAGUACAAACACAAACGGAGGCGCGCGCCGUCCUCAGCUCGAAAAGAUCCUGCACUACGAGAUCUCGACGGGGAACUUGCAGCGCGCGAAUCCACGAUGGACACACGUUCAUCGGAACCGCAUGGCCCGGAAACAUGACCACUCCAGUCUUGGUGGUUCUUCCGAUGAGGUCGAGGGGAGAGAUCUAGCGAACAGCAGGAUCUCUCUGCCUGUCGACCGCUUUCGACUCGUGAGGAGACCUACGCUUGAGAGGGAGGAGGCAUUUCGCGAUGCUUCGACUGCGAGGGGGAAUGUGUACCUUGGACGAAAGAUGCCCAUGACGGAGGACGAUGAAGUCGCUGAGCUGUAUCGCAUGGGACUGCUAUACGACGACGAGCAGAUCAGGGGCGAGGGCUUCAAUCUUGACAGUAUCAAGCACGAAGAACCCACCUACUCCAUCCGCCCAGCCAAGCAAUCCCGCAAGAAGCGCGCUCAGAGCUUUAGCUUCAACCAGCCUCUUCAUCUCGAUCUCUCCUUCACAGACCUCGGCGGCUCCCAAGCCCUCGCUCAAAUCCUCUCCUCCUCGGACGACACAGUCCCCUCCACCACACCCACACGCAGCUUCGCUCCUCUGCGCGUGAUAUACGAACUCGACGGUUCAAACCCCUCCUUCGACGUUGAUACGUCUCAACCCCCCGAUCUAAUCUCAGACUACGAUUGUCUUUCCGACAGCGAACUCGACGAUUUACCCUCUCAGCGGGAAUUUCUAGAUAGUGCAGCUACGCCUGGUUCAGAGACGUGGGUGGUGCUAGGUGACGACUCGUAGCAGGUCCGAACUCGGAAUACGCAAACUGCAGUUUUGUGGUUCUGAGCAAAGAUAUAGCGAUGGGAGAGCCUCAUCGUCGGACUGGUCCUCAUUAAACUUGGCGCUGCCUGGGAGUUUCUGAACUGGGGUGAGGCGCUGGUGCUCGCAGGAAUGCUUGAGCAUCGCGAUGGAGUUACUUAUUAUGGGUAGCGACCUGCUUGCAUAGUUGAAACGAGUGCUGUUUUUGUUUUGGAUUGGUCCUACGGGACUUUGGAUAUUGUUAUUUAUAUAGCGCAAUUGAUGGUUCAGCCUUGAUCUGAACCUGUACUAUCUCCUCAACUUCUG